AGAGUUGUUAGAAACAAGUGACGUCACUGUGAGACUUUAAUGGUAAGUUAGAAAGUCCAGGAAAGCUGCAGGUGCGAACAGAACCUAAGAAAACUGAAGGCCAAACAUGGCUUUAUCUGAGUUAUACACCAAGUACAACAGAGUCUGGAUACUGGAUGAAGAACAUGUUUGGAAAUCAGCUGAAAUCACCAAAGACUUCCACUCAGGAGAUAAUGUUCUUCAGUUGCUUCUUGAAGACGGCACUGUGCACCUCUACCCAGUCGAUCCCUCCAAACCGAAUCUGCCGCCUCUUAGAAACCCAGACAUCCUGGUGGGCGAGAACGACCUCACAGCCCUCAGCUACCUGCACGAGCCCGCGGUGCUGCACAACCUCAAAGUCCGAUUCGUCGAGUCCAGGAUCAUCUAUACCUACUGUGGUAUCAUUCUGGUUGCUGUAAAUCCUUAUAAGCAGCUUCCCAUCUAUGGCGACGCAAUUAUUCAUGCCUAUUCAGGCCAGAACAUGGGAGACAUGGACCCCCAUAUAUUCGCUGUGGCUGAGGAAGCCUACAAACAAAUGGCCAGGAAUCAUAAAAACCAGUCUAUCAUUGUGAGCGGAGAGUCUGGAGCCGGUAAAACCGUAUCGGCACGUUAUGCUAUGAGGUACUUUGCUGUUGUGAGCAAAUCUGGAAGUGAUACUCGAGUAGAAGACAAAGUGCUGGCUUCCAAUCCCAUCACAGAGGCAAUAGGAAAUGCAAAAACCACCCGUAAUGACAACAGCAGUAGGUUUGGAAAAUACACAGAGAUCAGUUUUGACCGGAGGUAUCGAAUCAUCGGAGCGAACAUGAGGACUUACCUCUUGGAGAAAUCCAGAGUGGUUUUUCAGGCAGAGAAUGAACGCAACUACCACAUAUUCUACCAGAUGUGCUCCUGCGCAGACUCAGCAGAGUUUAAAACCCUCAGACUGCUGAGUGCAGAUGAGUUCAGGUACACCAGCAUGGGUGGAGACGUAACUAUCGAAGGCGUAGACGAUAAAAAGGACAUGGAGGAGACUCGUCGUACCUUCUCCCUUCUGGGUUUAAAAGAGGACUUUCAGUCAGAUGUGUUUAAAGUUCUAGCUGCUAUUUUGCAUUUGGGGAACGUGGAGAUCAGGAGCUCUGGGGAUGACAGGUCAUCUGCUCCUUCGAACGAUCCCCACCUGGCGGCGUUCUGUGACUUGCUGUCUGUGAGUCCAUCUGAACUGGUGCGGUGGCUGUGUCAUCGCCGGAUUGUUCUGGUGAGCGAAACGGUGGUAAAGCCGGUGCCGAAAGAGAGAGCAAUGGCCGCCAGAGAUGCUCUGGCUAAGCAGAUCUACGCCCACCUGUUUGACUGCAUCAUCACCAGGAUCAACACGGCGCUGCAGGUUCCAGGAAAACAACACGCCUUCAUCGGUGUUUUGGACAUUUACGGAUUUGAAACAUUUGACAUCAACAGCUUCGAACAGUUUUGCAUCAACUAUGCAAACGAAAAGCUCCAGCAGCAGUUUAACUUGCAUGUCUUCAAGUUGGAGCAAGAGGAGUACAUGAAGGAGGACAUCCCCUGGACACUAAUAGACUUUUAUGAUAAUCAACCCGUCAUUGAUCUGAUCGAAGCAAAAAUGGGGAUCCUUGACCUUCUGGAUGAAGAAUGUUUAUUUCCUCAGGGAACUGAUCAGAGCUGGUUACAGAAGCUGUACAACUACCUGGAAGCCAAUCCCUUGUUUGAGAAACCCAGGUUAUCAAAUGAGGCAUUUGUGAUUCAACACUUUGCAGACAAGGUAGAAUACCAGUGCAGAGGUUUUCUUGAGAAGAACAGAGAUGCUCUUUAUGAAGAACUGGUGGACACAAUGAGAGCCAGUAAGUUUCCUUUUCUAGCAAACUUUUUCCAAGAGGAGGAGCAGAGUUCAGCAAACAGUAAAGGCGUCCGAGUCAAAGCAGCCAGGCCACCUGUGAAACCAGCCAAUAAGCAGCUCAGGACCUCAGUGGGAAAUAAGUUCUGCAGCUCCCUGUCUUUACUGAUGGAGACGCUGAACGCCACCACACCUCACUACGUGCGCUGCAUUAAGCCCAAUGAUGAGAAACUCCCAUUUGAAUAUGACUCAGGGCGAGUGGUGCAGCAGCUGCGGGCCUGUGGAGUACUGGAAACUAUUCGGAUCAGUGCACAGAGCUACCCAUCCAGAUGGACAUACAUUGAGUUUUACAGCCGAUACAGCAUCCUGAUGUCCCAUUUGGAGGCAGACCUCACUGACAAAAAGGAAACGUGUAAAAAUGUCCUGCAGAGAUUGAUUCAGGACUCCAACCAGUACAAGUUUGGCCGUACAAAAAUCUUCUUCCGAGCCGGACAGGUAGCUUACCUGGAGAAGCUGCGUCUGGAUCGACUGCGAGGAGCAUGUGUGACCAUUCAGAAGCAUGUCCGAGGAUGGAGCCACAGGAGGAAGUACCUGAGGAUAAGAGAGGCGGCCAUCAUCCUCCAGCAGUACAUCCGAGGAAAGAGGACAAUCCGCAAAACGGUGACUGCUGAAAUACUGAAGCAGGGCUGGGCUGUGGUGGUGAUCCAGAGACACUGGAGAGGCUACCGCACAAGACAGGUCUACCAGAUCCUCAACAAAGAGAACCGAGGAUUGAUGGAAAGACUGACUAGCCUGGCCAGCACUCAUUCCCAAACAAUGGACAGAGUUCGCAGUCAGGAGGCGCAGCUGGAAAAAAUAACCAACCUGAAGGCCUCUGCAGAGGAAAGAGAAAGAAAAGCAAAAGAAGAAGCCAACCUGACAAUUAAUCAGCUUCAAAAGCAAAUAGAGGCUCUAAAGCUUGAAAAGGAAAACAUGGAGAAAAAGCUUGAAGCUUCCAUCAAAGAAACCAAAGAAAGUUUUGAUCAAGUGAAAAUGAGCCUUCAGGAAGAGAAAGAAAAUGAAGUCCGACUUAGAAAAAUUGCAGAAAACAACAUCGAGAUCCAGAGACAUGAUAACGAGAAAGAGCUGGAAACUUUGAAGGAGGAGAUAAAGCGAUUAAAAGAGGAGAGAGUGAGUCUGAAGAGGAAGAUGGAGGAGGGAGCACAGGUGAGCUCCGACCUGCAGGAACAGGUCCUUCAGCUCACCAAGCAUGUGAAGGUCAUCCCAGAGCUGCGCAGAGACAUGAACAACCUGCAGAAUCAGAGGGAUAACCUGGACCGCAGGAUGAAGGAACAGUCAGAGCAAACAAGAGCGAAAACAAAGGAAAUCAUAAGACAGCUGCUUGGCGGUGUUGUUGAAGAGGAAAAAAUUGGAGGGUUUAUUCCAGACGAUUCUGAGAAGAUUUAUGAACCAGAUGAUUUAGAGGAAGCUUUUGAGGGUCUUCAAAAAGCGACAAGGUUAAUGGAAAGCCACCAGAGGGAGCAGAAGGAGAUGUAUGAAUCUCAGCUGGAGGGCCUGAGCCUGAAAGUGGACCACCUUCAGAAUGAGAACAGCAAGCUGCAAAAUCUUUUCCACGAAAAAAGUAACAUCAAUGAGGAUAUUCGCCAAGAGGUGUCCAGGCUCAGCAGUGAGAACUCUGUCAUACCAGAGCUGAAGCUGCAGGUUUCUGAGCUGCAGAGACAAAAGCAGGAGCUUGAUGCCGUUGUCAAGGAGCAGAGCUGCGAGUUAGCUGAGAAAAAUAAUGAGAUCAGCACCAUUCUCCACAAGAAGAUCGCAGAAGAAAGCACGCAACGCCGGCACUUUGAGGAGAGGGCCAAGGAGCUGGAUGAGACCAGGGAGCAGCUUCAGGGAAGGAUAGAGGAACUGGAGGAGGAGAACGAACACUUGAAAAGACAGCAGCUGAUGGAGGGAGAAGUGAAAAGAAAGCUGCGAGAGGAGGCGUCACAGUUAACCGCCGAGAACAUGGACUUGGAGGAGCAGCUUGACCAGAAGGAGCGAUGCAUCAAGAAACUCCAUAAGCAGAUAAAGAGUCUGAAACGCUCACAGAGAGCGAAACAAAAUCCCGCUCUUCCUAAAGAAUACCUCGGCAUGUUGGAGUAUGGGAGGGAGGAUGAAGCAAGGCUCAUUCAAACUAUCAUCAUAGACCUGAAGCCCAAAGGUGUGGUGGUCAACGUGAUCCCGACUCUGCCAGCUUUCCUCCUCUUCAUGUGCGUCCGUCAUGCCGACUACCUGAAUGAUGACAACAAACUGAAGUCUCUGAUGAAUUCCAUCAUUCAAGGGAUCAAAAAAGUCACUGUGGCUUACAAGGAAUUUGAAUCUUUGUCCUUCUGGCUCUCCAACACAUACCAGCUGCUCAACUGUCUAAAACAAUACAGCGGGGAGGAGGAGUUCCAGAAACAGAGCACAGCGCGUCAGAAAAAGAACUGCCUGCAGAACUUUGAUUUGUCCGAACACAGACAGAUUCUCAGCGACGUGGCCAUACAGAUCUACCAUCAGCUCAUCUCUGUCAUGCAGAAGAUCCUCACGCCUACUAUCGUGCCUGGUAUGUUGGAGCAUGAGAGCCUACAAGGAAUUUCUAGCAUGAAACCGACCGGCUUUAGGAAGCGUUCCAACAGUAUGUAUAAGGACUCAGAGAAAUACACCAUCUCCUCCAUCCUGCAGCAGCUGUCUGUCUUCCAUUCUGCCAUGAGCCACCACGGCAUGGAGCAGAGCCUGAUCAAACAGGUUGUCAAACAGCUCUUCUUCCUGGUUGGCGCCACCACCUUCAACCACAUCAUGCUUUGCAAAGACAUGUGCUCUUGCAGGAAAGGGAUGCAGAUUAGAUGUAACAUCAGUUACCUGGAAGAGUGGCUGAAGGAGAAUGAGCUCCAGAGCUCCGGGGCCAUCGAUACGUUGAGGCCUCUGGCUCAGGCUGCCUGGCUGCUGCAGGUCAACAAGUCCACUGAUGAAGACGCUCAAGAGAUUGCUGAAAAUUGCACUGAACUAAACCCUGAUCAGAUUGUUAAGAUUUUGAAUUCCUACACACCCAUAGAUGAUUUUGAGAAGCGAGUGACCUCAUCGUUUGUCCGCAAAGUUCAGGUAAGCUUUGCUGUUUAGUCAGGUUUAAAUGAGCGGAGUCUCUUCUGAGGUUUAAUUAAAGGAAAAGUC